GUGGGUUGAACUAUUCCUGCUGCAGGGGCGUGCAAUCAGGAUUUAGACCGAUCAGGAAGGAAACUGGAGCCUGGGAAAGGCGCUGCCAACCCCGCUCAAGGAAUGGAACACACCCGGAACUCCAGUUCCUUAUUGAUUCAUCUAAAACACUCUUUGGUUUGUACUUAUGCGCAGCAUGUGUAAUGUUGAACUUUAAAGAGGGCUAAAACAUGUCUGGUGUGGAAGUGGCCAAAGAGGAACUUAAGGAGAUAGACAUAUGUGACAUCUGCUCGAAGGAGGAGGAGAGCGGAGUUUUCCUCAACUCAGGUGCGUCGUACCUUGACGGCUUCUCCGCGUUUCACAAAUGGGCUUCAAAGGGACGUUCAGUAUCGGAUGGAUACUGCAAGUGCGCCAAAACAGCUUCAGUCUCACUAUGCAAGUGCGCAAAAGUGCCUCAUGGAGCAGCAGCUGGAGAGAUCCGUAUGGAGAGAGGAGGAGGAGGAGGAGGAGAUGUGUAUUCGGAUGAAGAGGAUCUGAGAGCGUCCCGCGCAUCAUCUAUAGUGGACUGUCUGUUAGUGGAACUCUAUGACACAUACAGUAAUGUCAGAGGGGUGGACAGCUCGACCGAAGCCUCCAGCUCAGAAGCCUUCCUGGGCAGGAGUAACACUGGCUCCAACUUUCUCCAAGAACUUCAGGAGAAGCACACGAGACGCCAUCAGAUGAAAUACCUGGCUCAAAAAGGUCCAGAGGAGCUGAAGUGGAUCAUUCAGGAAGUGAAGUAUCGUAUUGGAGUGCAGUCGGCCAAACUGGUGCGUCAGGUCAAGAGGAAGGACAGACUUCGGCAGAAGUUUCAGAAGAACUGUGAUAUAGUCACCGCCUGCCUGCAAGCCAUCUCUCAGAAAAGACGGGUGGACACCCGGUUGAAGUUCACUAUCGAACCUUCUUUAGGCAAGAACGGCUUUCAACAAUGGUACGACGCUCUGAAGGCAGUAGCCAGACUCCCAGUAGGGAUUCCCAAAGAGUGGAGGAAGAGGGUAUAUGUGUUUGUUUCCCGCCUCAUUCAGGACCUGCACAGGACCGGCUGCAGUUCAUACUGUGGCCAGGAGGCGGAGCAGGACCGCGUGGUGCUGAAGCGGGUGCUGCUGGCAUACGCCCGCUGGAACAAGACUGUCGGGUACUGUCAGGGCUUCAAUGUUCUGGCCGCCCUCAUCCUGGAGGUCACAGAGGGAAAUGAAGGAGAUGCAUUGAAGGUGAUGAUCUAUUUGAUCGAUAAAGUGCUUCCCGAUAGUUACUUCGCCAAUAACCUGCGAGCCCUCUCAGUGGACAUGGCCGUGUUCAGAGAUCUGCUGCGACUGAAGCUUCCAGAACUUUCUCAGCAUCUCCACCAUCUCCAGAAAGUAGCCAAUCGGGAAGGAGGAGGGAGCUAUGAGCCUCCGCUCACCAACGUCUUCACCAUGCAGUGGUUUCUGACCAUGUUUGCCACUUGUUUACCCCAUCACACCGUGCUGAAGAUCUGGGACUCGGUCUUCUUUGAGGGCUCUGAAAUGCUGCUGCGUGUAGCUCUCGCCAUCUGGGCCAAACUUGGAGAACGAAUUGAGGAGUGCCAGACUGCCGAUGAAUUUUAUAGUACUAUGGGCUGCCUGACGCAGGAAAUGCUGGAGCACAACCUUAUCGACUCCAAUGACCUCAUGCAGACGGUCUACUCCAUGGCCCCGUUCCCGUUCCCCCAGCUGGCUGAGCUCAGGGAGAAAUACACCUACAACAUCACCCCGUUCCCGACCCCUGUCAGAGCGAACAGCAGUCUUGCACUCCAUGGAUGGGAGAGUGAUGAUGAUGAUGCUGACAUGGAUGAUGAAGACUCUAUUGUCACUGCUCUGGGUUGCCUGGGGCCUCUUGGAGGACUUCUGGCCCCUGAGAUCCAAAGAUACCAAAAGCACCUUAAAGAUCAGAGAGCGGAGCAGAGCUCUCACGGCAGUAACAUGGCCGAGAUGAGUCCUGGGGCGGUGGGCGCGGGACGGGCCGAGCACCAGGCGGCCAUCAACAGCAUGAUGCUGGAGCGCAUGAGCACAGACAUCAGCGCGCUGAAGAAGCAGUACUCACGCAUCAAACAGAAACAACAGCAGCAGGCUGGGCUCCUGUACAUCCACACAGGACCUCGAGUGGAAGCUGAAACUAUUGAACCUCAUCAAGCCAGUAAACAGAAGAAGCACCACACUGGUACUGAUUUUUGUGGGUCAACUAUGGGGAUUGAUAAGUGUCCAGCCACCAGUAUCCUUCCCUCCCAAAUCAGUUCCUCCCCUGUGGUCAACCAUCUUCUCCUGGGCAGGAGGCCCAGACCCGGUCAGCAGUCCUCAAAGAACGGGAUCGUCCAUAACGGUGAAGGUCCUCAAGCCCACUCCACACCCAGCCAGGAUCAGAUGAUUCGGGCCAGACAUCACUCGCCCUGGCGCACACAUGUGCGAGCGCACCGGAGGAACAUCGCCAGGGCACGGGCGCAACUCGGGUUUGAUGAUUCUCUGGAGAUAGAAGACGAACAAAUGAGCAAAACAGAAGAAGCAUCUGAAGAGGGAAGACGUGAGGAUGAAGAGCAAGAGAAGGUGGAGACUGUAAGCCCAGAUGUCUCUCAGCAAGACCACAGCUCUGGAGAAGAAAAUCUCCAGGAGAUCAACAAGCAGUUGUCUUCUUUGGAACUGGAACCAGAACUUUCAUCAGAAGCAGCUUCUGAUCCAACUCCACAAUCAGAUGCCGAUUCUGAUGCACCUACGUCAUCUCCAGAACCAGCUUCUGAUGCACCUACAUCAUCUCCAGAACCAGCUUCUGAUGCACCUACAUCAUCUCCAGAACCAGCUUCUGAUGUACCUACACCAACUCCACCACCAGAAUCGGCUUCAAAUCCAAAUACACCAACUCCACCACCAGAAUCACAGCCAGAGCCCAAAUCCACGGCCUCAGCUCCGUUCCCAUCCACCCACCGUCCAGGUUCAGACUCAUUCAGCUCAGAAAGCAGAGGCUCACUCAAAAGUAGCCCUUCAACGUCAGCAGGAGAACCUCCGAAACCACAGCAGAUCUUCUCCCCGUUCCCUUGCAUCAAAACCCCUCGCAAGUCCAUCACUGCCAGAAACUUGGGCCUCUACGGUCCAAACGCCAGGACUCCAAAUGUGCACUUUCCCCAGAUGAGCAGAAGCAUGAACCAUGUUGGAAACACCACAAGGCGGCGAUGAUGAAUAGUCGACUACAGGCGAGCACUUAUUUGAUUCUUCAUAUCGAUACGUUUGGGUUCAAAACUCCAACCACGAAAGCACAUCUCUAGUAUGCUUCCAGAUACUCCAAAACAUCAACAUUUAGGAACAAUAUUUGAUAAUUUAAUGCUUCCAUGAAGUUUAUAACAUGAAUUUAUGAAGGCUGUUUCUUGUUUAUUUUCUUUUUUUUAGUGAAACCCUACCUAAACAUUUGGGAAUUAUACCCGACACUGAAAGUGUCUCUUGUUGCAUGUUCAGGUCAGCAGUAUUCGCUACAAUGCACUGUGUAUGUUUACUUACAUGCUUCAAAGCUCAGAAAAUCACUUGUAUGUAAAAUACUCAUGCUAAAUGACUGGGAAAUGCUGCAGUUCUGCAUUGCACAGUCCAAAAGGAUUUUUUAGCAACCAUUUACACUAUUUAAUCAUAUAAAGUCAACAAAUUUUCCAUGUUCGCUUGUUUCUGUUGUUUUUGACAACACUGGUGUUCAUUUUCCAGUCAUGUCAAGCCAUUCAUGUUUCUUUUAUUUUGAUCUUUCCUUAGUAAAUUAUUCAUUUGCCAUCUGAAUGACACAAGUUGUUGUCAUUAAGUUCUCUUUUCUGAUGCUCUGGUCAAAUCUCGCCGCAAUUUAACGUCCCUUUGAAUGUUUCUCUUCUCUCUAUUAAUCUUUGGGGCAUAUGAGUAGUGGAGGAUCACAAAUGCCCCACAGAGAUUAAAAGACGUGCAAGUAUGGAAAAAAA